AUGGAUUCCCCCUACACACAAGAACUCGAGGUCGCCAUCGCCGCCGUCCAGGCCGCCGCGAGACUCAGCAGCCUCGACGAUCUCUCCCCAGUCACAGUAGGCGACUUCGCCAUCCAGGCCCUCCUCACAUGCACCAUCCACGCCGCCUUCCCAGACGACAGGUUCGUGGGCGAAGAGUCGGCCGACGCCCUGCGGGCCAACCCAGCCCUCCUGCACCGCGUCUGGACCACCCUGCAGCAAGCUUCUUCAGGCGCCGCCGCCGUCGUCAAGAUCCCAGACUCCCCCGAGCAGAUGUGCCAGAUGAUUGACUGGUGCGGUACCGGCCGCCCAGACCAGGCCGCCCGCAUCUGGGUGUUUGACCCCAUCGACGGCACAGAGAACUUCGUGCAGGGCCUUGUCUACGCCGUCAACGUCGCUCUGCUGCACGACGGCCAACAAGCCCUGUCCGUGGUCGGCUGUCCCAACCUGUCUGCCUCCGUCGCCUACCCUGCCUCGGACGACUCGCUUGACCCGGCUGGGGAGGGGUGCAUCCUCCUCGCCGUACGAGGCCACGGCGCCUUCAUUCGGGGUCUGCACAACCCUCACCUCCUCUCCACCACCGCCCGCAACAAAUCAGGCCUGCCCACCGUCCACCAGGAAGUAGCCCACCGCCUAGGCGUCGAGUAUCCCGGCAGCACCCUCCUGCCCUGGGUCCUCCGCUGGGUCCUCCUCGCUCUGGGCGUGGGCAACAGCACCUGGUGGGUGUACAAGUCGCGCGACCGCCUGGCCAAGAUCUGGGACCACGCCGGCGCCAUGUUGUUGUUCGAGGAGGUCGGCGGCAAGGUCAGUGACGUCGAUGGCCGGGACAUUGAUCUGACCGCCGACAGGAAGAUGAUUGAAAACUAUGGCAUCGUCGCUGCGCCUGCACAUUUACAUGCGAGUCUCUUGACUACUAUUCAGGAGGUGUUACGGGAGCAGCGGCCUGAUCUGGCGACGAGGCCAGCAUGA